CGCGCACAGACUCUUCUUCUCCCUACCUGGUGGAGGUGGGUGUGAAGAGAAAUCGAGUGAGACAUUGAAAGGGAGGGGUGACCAUAACAUUUUUGUCCCUGUUGCGCUUACCGUAGCUGCAAACAAUCCAGGAAGACGCUUAAGGACUGUGUGAGGCAUCGAGCGUUGGAGGAGAAAAAAAAAAAUCGUUUUCACCAAAAGGAAAAGAAAUUUGGAACUGGAAGUGUGAGGAUCUUAUUCAACUGGAGAUUGUGGUCGUUUUCACUCUGCACAGCCGAGUAGAUCUGUCGAGGAGAGGCAGGGAAAAUAAUGGGAGGCGGGGGCGAAAGUUAAAAAGAGCGAAGCCGCAGUCCGGGUCUAGGAGGCGCCGAGCUGCUUACCUCCUCUUGCCGGCCUCACUCGAGGUCGGGGCUGCGGGGGGUGAAGACGACUCGGCUGCGGCAAGCUUUAGCUGCGGGACUUGUUUCUGUUUGCAGGACUGCUUUGAAAAUUUCCCACGCCUUAAUUUUGGAUGACUGUACUAUUUAAGAUAUUUUAAAGAUGUCGGAUACCGCCCCAGCCCGUUGCUUAGAUGAUAUCGACUUGGCUGCUUUAAGGGACCCUGCUGGAAUCUUUGAACUAGUAGAGGUUGUUGGAAAUGGAACAUAUGGCCAGGUAUACAAGGGGCGUCAUGUCAAGACUGGGCAGUUGGCAGCCAUUAAGGUUAUGGAUGUAACCGAAGAUGAGGAAGAGGAGAUUAAGCAAGAAAUUAAUAUGCUGAAGAAGUACUCUCAUCACAGAAACAUUGCUACUUAUUAUGGGGCAUUUGUUAAAAAGAGCCCUCCUGGGAAUGAUGACCAGCUUUGGUUGGUCAUGGAAUUCUGUGGUGCUGGUUCAGUCACUGACCUAGUUAAAAACACAAAAGGCAAUACACUCAAAGAAGACUGGAUUGCUUACAUAUGCAGAGAGAUCUUGCGGGGUCUUUCACACCUCCACACCCACAAAGUAAUUCACAGAGAUAUCAAAGGGCAAAAUGUGCUACUGACUGAGAAUGCAGAGGUCAAACUUGUUGACUUUGGAGUGAGUGCACAGCUGGACCGGACAGUAGGACGUAGAAACACAUUCAUUGGCACGCCAUACUGGAUGGCUCCUGAAGUAAUUGCUUGUGAUGAGAAUCCAGAUUCUACUUAUGACUAUAGGAGUGAUAUUUGGUCAUUGGGAAUCACUGCUAUUGAAAUGGCUGAGGGAGCUCCUCCUCUAUGUGACAUGCAUCCAAUGAGGGCUCUUUUUCUUAUUCCUCGAAACCCUCCUCCUAGACUGAAGUCAAAGAAAUGGUCCAAGAAGUUCAUUGACUUUAUUGAGAGCUGUCUGAUCAAAACCUAUACAAGUCGACCUUCUACUGAUCAGCUGCUGAAGCAUCCUUUUAUUAGAGAUCAGCCCACUGAACGGCAGGUCCGCAUCCAGCUAAAAGAUCAUAUUGAUCGUACCCGCAAGAAAAGAGGAGAAAAAGAGGAAACAGAGUAUGAGUAUAGUGGUAGUGAAGAAGAAGAGGACAGCCAUGGAGAAGAAGGUGAACCCAGCUCCAUCCUUAAUGUUCCUGGAGAGUCCACACUACGGCGAAACUUUCUGCGGCUCCAGCAAGAAAAUAAGGAGCGCUCUGAAGCCCUCAAAAGACAACAGCAACAACUGGCGGCCCAGAGGAGAGAUCCUGAGGAACACAAGCGACAACUUUUGCAUGACCGGCAAAAACGUAUUGAGGAGCAAAAAGAACAGCGUCGCAGACUUGAGGAACAACAACGUAAAGAACGGGAAUUGGCAAAGCAGCAGGAGAAAGGUCAUCAUCAGAGAAGAAUUGAGGACAUUCGUCGUGAGGAAGAUCGCCGACUUGCUGAAAGAGAGCAGGAAUUCAUAAGAAAUAAGUUGGAGGAGGAACAGAGACAGUUAGAAAUCCUCCAACAGCAGCUGCUGCAAGAACAGGCUUUGCUGAUGGAAUAUAAGCGCAAACAGCUGGAGGAGCAGCGCCAGUCAGAAAGGCUGCAGAGGCAGUUGCAGCAGGAACAUCUUUAUCUAAUUCAAUUGCAACAGCAGCAGCAAAAGCAGCAGCAGCAGCAGCAACAGCAGCAAGAUAAGAAGCAACAGUUGUACCACUACAAUAAAAGUAUUGAUCCCAGCAACAAACCAGCAUGGGCAAGAGAGGUAGAGGAACGUUCAAAGCUGAACCGACAGAAUUCUCCAAGUACCAAGCCGAAAAUGGGCACUACUGUAUCAGACCCAUCUUUGCAGUCAAGAUCAGAAUCCAUUCAAUCAGGGGUUACGCAAGCAGCACAGACUCCACCCAUGCAACGCCCUGUAGAGCCACAAGGUGGUCAGAACAAGUUGCAGAUGGCUCACCUAGUGCCAUUAAAGCCAUAUGGUGCCCCAGUUCCCCGUUCACAGUCACUCCAAGAUCAGCCUACGAGGAACCUUGCUGCUUUCCCUACACAAGACCCAGCACCCAGUCCGGUUCAUGGUCCCUCUGGCCGACACGCCUCACGUGGGGAGAUGGUCCGUCAGAAUUCUGACCCAACUUCUGAGAUGCCCACUCCUCCACCAAGGCCCUCUGAUAAUGAUAGAAGCCCUUGGGUGAAGAUAGGAGAUACUGAACAGCCACCAAAGGUUCCACAGCGAACCACCUCCAUUGCAACAGCACUUAACACCAGUUUGGCAUCUGGCACAAGGCAGGCGGUUAGAGCGAGUAACCCUGAUUUGCGGCGAAAUGAUGGCUGGGAGAGAGGUGAUAGCAUUAUAUCAAUUUCCAAUUUGCCACAAACGGGAUCCCUUGAGCGGCACAGAGUUGGAGCUACAUCAAAAAUUGAAAGUUCACCCAUCCUGUCUCAAGACAACCGCCCAAAGCAAGAAGAAUCCCGUACAGCAUCUCGCCCUAGCAGACCAGCGAGCUAUAAAAGAGCAAUAGGCGAGGACCAUGGAUUGUUUCCCAAAGAGAAACAAGAGGAACUUCCGAGGCCGCCAAUCAAAGCAAUGGACUACUCUUCCUCAAGUGAAGAAUCGGGUGAAAGUAGUGAGGAUGAAGAUGAGGAUGGAGAAGAAAGGUCAGAAGAAAGUGCAGACCUUGGAAGAGAUGGGUUGCGAAAAAACAAAGAUGCUGAUACAGAUAGCAUUAACACAAUGGUAGUUCAUGAUGACGAGGAGCCUUCUCUUGUUAACACUUCCAGCAGUUCAUAUGGAGAUCAGACUAUGGUCAUGCAGCGGACACCUGAAGAAAAACGAAAUCACAAUGGAUAUACCAAUUUACCAGAUGUAGUCCAACCAAGUCACUCUCCAACAGAUCCCAAAAGUCAAGGAGCCUCUCCUAACAAGGAUGGCAGCUAUGAUUCACGUGGCCUUGUUAAGGCCCCAGGCAAGGCGUCAUUUACCACAUUUGUGGAUCUCGGAAUGUACCAGCAUCCAGGUGGAGCUGGGGGCUUUGUUCCUGGUGAUUGCUCCCGUUUUGAUCAGCUGAAAUUUGAUGUGCGCAAAGGAUCUGUGGUGAAUGUGAACCCUGCAAACCCAAGGCCUCAUAGUGACACACCAGAGAUAAGAAAAUACAAGAAGAGGUUCAACUCAGAAAUUUUGUGUGCUGCUCUAUGGGGAGUGAAUUUAUUGGUAGGCACAGAAAAUGGGCUCAAGUUGCUAGAUCGCAGUGGACAGGGAAAGGUGUAUGGCCUUAUCAACAGUCGACGGUUUCAGCAAAUGGAUGUUCUUGAAGGACUAAACUUGCUAAUAACUAUAUCAGGCAAGAAGAACAAGCUGCGUGUGUAUUACCUUUCCUGGUUGAGGAACAAGAUUUUGCAUAAUGAUCCUGAGGUUGAAAAGAAACAAGGAUGGACUACUGUGGGGGAGAUGGAAGGGUGUGUGCAUUAUAAAGUGGUAAAAUAUGAGCGUAUCAAAUUCCUGGUGAUUGCACUGAAGAACUCUGUGGAAGUUUAUGCCUGGGCACCAAAGCCUUAUCAUAAAUUUAUGGCAUUCAAGUCGUUUGCUGACUUGCCACACAGGCCACAGCUUGUUGACCUCACAGUUGAAGAGGGUCAGAGGUUAAAGGUCAUCUAUGGUUCCAGUGCUGGCUUCCAUGCCAUUGAUGUUGAUUCUGGAAAUAAUUAUGAUAUCUAUAUUCCUGUACAUAUUCAAAGCCAGGUCAUGCCUCAUGCAAUUGUUUUCUUGCCUAACUCUGAUGGAAUGGAAAUGCUACUCUGUUAUGAGGAUGAGGGCGUUUAUGUCAACACUUAUGGACGCAUCAUAAAGGAUGUUGUAUUACAGUGGGGAGAGAUGCCUACCUCUGUGGCAUAUAUCUGUUCAAACCAGAUUAUGGGUUGGGGAGAAAAGGCUAUAGAAAUCCGAAGUGUGGAGACAGGCCACCUUGAUGGAGUUUUCAUGCAUAAAAGGGCCCAGCGGCUGAAAUUUCUUUGUGAGCGCAAUGAUAAGGUGUUUUUUGCAUCAGUGCGUUCAGGUGGGAGUAGUCAAGUGUACUUUAUGACUCUGAACAGGAACUGCAUCAUGAACUGGUAAACAGCGACUGUAAUUGAAAAUGAAAGAAAAGUUCAAACUUGAAUACAACCUACAGCAUGAAAAUUCUACAUGAGCUGGGAGAGUAUAAUUAAGAAAGCUGCUUUAAUUAAAAAUUUUCUUGGUUUAGACCUUGAUGUGUACUGUAUAUAUUGAUCCCACCAUCUGUGUAUGUGGUGGAUCUGAAAAGGGUCUCUUUUUUUUUUUUUUUUUUUUUUUUAAAGAAAGGGUGUUAUGUUACUAUUUUGAAGCUGAGAAAUGUGUGCCAAAGCUUUUUCUUUCACCUGUGGUUCUUUGCUGGAAUAAUGUUUGGCAUAUCGGAUGUUUUUUGUGAUUAUGUGACUGUUACCUAUUAUGCUUAAUUUAGGUGGUGAUUUCUUUCUUUUAGUUUUAGGAUUCUUUUUAUAAAUAUAAAUAGCUAUGAUCAUGGAUUUUCCCUAUUUAGUCAAUAGAAAAUAUAAAUCAAUUUUGUUUACUUUUAAGCUUUAUUUCAUCAUGAGAGUCAAUCUAAAGAAUGCCCUGUAUAUUUUAAUUUCACAAUUACUGUAAAUUUCUCAUGCAGCUUGCUUUUAUUGUUACAGGUUCUGAUACACAUUAGUCAAUUUUCACUGCUUUAAUGCACUAUGAUGACUACAAAGUUGGGUUUUUCAUUAUUACAAAUUAAUAUUUUUAUCUCUUUUCUUAUUCUGAUGCAGUGGUGGCACAUUCCAAGAUAAAAUGUAUAGCAUGUAAAGAAUGCAAAAUGUUGUGGUCUCAUGAGAUUUUUCAGCUAGAGAUUCAGCAAAGGAAGGUCUCAUGUUAAUAAUUUAGAAACUUGCUAUAAUUUCAAAUUACAGAUUUUUUUAAUAUGUGUAUCACUGUGGGAUAAAAGCAAAACCUGUUUGCUAAGGCUUAUGUAGAUAGUGGUCUCUGAAUUUGCUUUUUUAUAAUGAAACAGUGUCUGUUAACAGAAAAAGACAAUCUAGAGCUUAUUUUAAGACCCAUCUACUAUUAUCAUCAUAAGCUACAAGGAAUCAUUUAUUGAAAAGAAAAAAAAACAUCUUACUGCCUUUAAUAGAAAAAUAGAAAAUAGUUGGUCUGAUUUGUCCAAUUGAAAUUAUCUCCUUUUUAAUUUGCGUCUAUUCAAUCACAAUUGUGGAGUUGUCCACAGAGCCAGAGCACAGUGAAAAUUGUAUAAAUUCCCUUCAGAAAUCUAAACAUAUCUUAAAUGAGAAUAAGCCUUGCCGUGUCUUACUUUCAUGUGAAAGUUAGGCGUUGUGGAAAGGUUUACAUACUAUUAAUUGUCAGUUUGCACUUUAUUUGAGGAAAUAAAACUGUCUUAAUUUAAUUUUUGUAAGGUAUCUGUAUCUCAUUUUGGGAAAGGUAAAGUGGGUCAGUUACGGAUAAAAAAAACAAUAAUAAAAAUUUUUAUAGUACUGUAAGAAUGAAUAGUUUUGGCAAGCUAUAGUGAUGUUUUCAGUAGCAUUGGUUCACCAACUGAGCAAGGACUUGUAACUUGUUGGUAUAGUUUGAACAUGGGCAGUCCACAAAUUGUUUUUGCCCUACUUAUUCAGAUAGUCCCUAAUCUUCAAUAUUUUAAUGUUGUUAUUAAAGUGCAUGGAUAAACGGGAAACGAUCAAAUGUCAUUAACAAAUUAUUGGUGGACAGGAAUGCCUCAGUAUUUAUUUAUUAAUUAAAUGUUAAACAAGCAUAUGGUAACACCUUUGGCUUUAAAUUUUUGUUUUUUAUGCUGUUGACAGAGCUACUUUAAUAUUUCAAUAUAGACAUGUGUUUUUUAAAAGAAAUUUCCUGGUGCAGUGUAAAAACACUAUCAGUUUUCAAUUUUAAGGCCUAACACUAAAAUGUUCUAUGUGACUUACCAUGGCUUUGACUUUUUGGCUGUAUUGUCUUGAUUUUGAUACAAUUGCUACUAUUAAUUUUGAAUUAUUUCUAUAAAGAAAGGUGUUUAUAAUGUGAGUCCACCUAAGAGAAGAUGUCAUCAAUGUAAGUAGGGGAAAGUGAUUUUUUUGUGUGUGUGUAGGCUAAUUGUUUUCUUUCAAUUUUUUUUUUUUUAUGUCUUUUUAUGAAAUGCAAAAUUGGUUCACUCUUAAUAACAUAUCCUUAUGUUUGUGUGGAAUUGUUUUAAAAUAGUAACAUAGCCAAUGCCUUGGUGAAGUUGAACUGAAAUCUGUAGAAACCAAAGAUCUACUUUAUGUACUUUAUAUGCUUUUAGAAAUGUGAGAGAAUAUUUUGUAACAUGGAAAAGAUUAACUUACGCUUUGUGGGGGAAAGAAAGGUAUAUGCUGAUGCACAUUAUUAAAGUACAUACGUAAAGAACUACUAUACAUAACUAUAUAUAUUUUCUCAAUAUCCAGUUGCUAGCCCAUUUAUUUGUUGUACAAUAUGCCUGCAAAAUUUGUAGACUUUAAUCCUUUCAAAAAAUUGCCUUCAAUCGCAUGUUACUUCAGGAGGCAUUAAUGUAUUUUAAUAUACAGUUUUAAAAUUUGGAAAGUAAACAUGUAAAUAUCAUAGCUGUGUAAAUUCAUUAAGGCUGUUUCAGACCACAGAAAUAAUCAGUUUUCUAGCCCACAUUAUUAGGAUGCCCCAUUUUUCUUUUAUAUUGCUAAGCCCUACACUGUAUCGUUUAGUACUUUAAGUUUUGAUGCUUAGGUAGUUUCAUUGUUUUUAAAAGUAAUACAAUAGGAAAUUUUGUGUUUUUUUUCUCCUUGUCUACUAUGUGGUGGAUCCAAAAAUACCUACAACAACUGUCUUCUUUUCACUACAAAAUGAAUUAAUUGCCUUAUUAUCGCAAAAUAGUAUGGGAAGCCCAUUGGAGGACCAAUGUUAUACUGCACUGGACUCCAUUUUCAGCACGAAAAUAGUUUGUAAAUUCUUCACUUUUUUUUAAGAGAACUGGAAAGGUUUAUUUUAUGUUCACACUGCAUACGAUACAUUAGUAUAUUUUCCCACAGGCAAUACAUGAAAAAGGAAGAUCCUGUCUUGUGACAUUUUUCUCAUGAUGUGCUUAGGUUAAAUUACAUUAGUUGUUAGAGAAGUAUAUUUUAAAAGGGUAUUUAGAGUAGCUGAAAGGGAGAAAUUAAAUUAAUAUCAGAAUAUUAAUAAUAAAGCCACAGUAUUUUAGAUUAAACUUUCUCUUAUAGAUUACAUUAUUAUAAUAAACCCGUGUAAUGAGUAAGUUAAUUAACAACAUUUUAUUUUUUGGCUAAAAUUCAAAAUAAGGUGAAAUGUUAUUUCUCUCUUUUGCUCUUCCAAAAUUAUUAAUUGUAGAAUUGCACUGGACUAUCUGGGUACAUUGUGUACCUCCAACCUCUUUUUGUUUUAUUUUAUGUUUUUUUUCCUCUUCCCUAGCCUUAUUUCUUAACCUGAUAAGUUAGUGUUUACCAAAUCAUAUAUCAUGUAUACAGUUUGAAAAAUUGCCUAAUGUGAUCUUUUCUUCAUCCUAGUGAAGGAUACUUUUCUCAUGAAAUAAGUGUACUUUGUUUUUGUUGCGACGUACUAUCAAAAUGUUUGCAUUGACUUUUCCAAUUCAGAGACUAAAGAAAGCUUUGUUUAGAUGUUAUAUAUAUUGUAUAAGACGUAUUUUUAGCCACCUGUCUUUCUGUCACAACUAAAACUGAUGAUUGUUUAAUUUUAGCUUGUUUCUGCAGUUAUUUAAUAUACUUGGAUAGUUACGGGAGAAAACGUAUGACAUCUGUAAGGUUUGGAGUGAGCCAGUAUAUGCUGAUACAUUAAGAAUUGUGAACAUUAAUAGACGUAUGUUAUGCUGCUCUUGUAUUUUCAGAUGCCAACAGCAUAAAAGUUUAUUAGCAUUGAAUGUUUUGCAAAAGACCCAAGCUUUCAUUUCCAUUUUGCCUUCACAUUAAGACCUUAUUUUAAAGAAUAUAGAAUGCUUUUGAUUUGUUUAUGUAAAAAAAUCAUGUUUUUAUGUUUAAAUGUCCCAUAUACUGUAUGCUACUGAGAAUUGUAGGAAAAAAUUGGUUUGUUUUUAAACUAUACUAAAUUAUAAUGUGCUUUCUUCAAAGUCCCAUUAUGUGUGUUAUUGGUGAUUUAUAAGUUUGCAAAUAACAUGUGUUAAGAUGAACAAAAAGAAGGAGCCAUAUAAUAAAAUGUCAACAUUUUUUGUGCAUUAAAUGAAAUUUUAACACAAAACUGAUCUUUUAGCCAGCUGCAUAGUAAAUCUUUAGAAUACAUAGCGUUUUCUGUAUUAUACUUAAAACUCUGUUAAUUAUAUGGGAUGUCUCUCUAAUAUAUAAUGUAAAUUAGUUUUGAAUUUGGCCUAAUGAAUGUAUAUGCUGAUUUGUUUUCAGUUGCUGUUGUAAUGACAAUUAUUAAAGAAAAAGUGUCCUAUUUUGUAAAUUUGCAACAUGUAUGUGAAUAAUAUAUUUUUACUUUCUAUUUUUUGGUACCAGGAGAAUCUGAAUAUUUAAACAGUCUGUCAUAAUUAUGUUAUGCAGUUUACAGUCAGCUUAAACCCUUUAUAUUACUUUGGCUCGUUUUUAAAAUGAAACAUUCUGCAAAAAAUUAGUGGAUUUGGAGUUCUUUGUAAUAUUUGACACUGUCUUUGCAAGAGCCACUUGCUUUGAGCUAAAUGUUUUUGAUAGAAACAAUACUAAACAGUUCUGCUUCUAAAAUACAUAAUCUUUCACUUCUAAACAGUUAUUUACUAGUGUUUACUUGGACUCUAAUUUUAUAAAAAUAACUAAUUCAUAAAGAACAUUUAUUCUGUUAAAGUAUCCGUCAGUUUACAGGUGAAAACAGUAGUAAUUUUAAAAUUAUUUUCACCAAAUUAAAAUUUUGUGAAUAACUGGAAUUUAACUAAAUCAUUGAAGCAAUAGAAAUAACUGGCAUGGUGCCAGUCAUGAACGAAUCAGAACUGCAUAACAGUGUAUUUUAUGUGCAGUGCCAUUUAUUCUGCUAUAGAUUGCUUUUGCACCCUCAUUGUGGACGAUUAAAUAUGUGGAAAUUUUUGCAGAAGGCAAAUUUUUAAAGAUGUAUGCUUAGCAUAUAGUCUUUUCAUUUUUAGAGAGACUGUUAAUAUAUUUUCAGCUGUUUAGUAUACCUGAAAAGAAAUUGCUGGGCUGCAAAAAAAGUACUAUUGCGUAUCUAAUUUUAAUGCUUCUUUUUUAAAUAUUUUUCUCUUGAGACCCUUUUAUGGCUUCAUGUUUGUGUUUUUGCCUCUUGCAAAAGGUUUGCAUUUGUGGGAGGUUUAACUUGUUUUUUAUGGAGUGUAUAAUUUUUCCAUUAUGAUAUUGGCCUGUUACAGAGUGAAACAUGUCCUGUGCACAAUACACUCCUUUACAUCUUUUUGUGAUUUGUUUGCUUAAUUAGUCGGAUCAAUAAUAUGAUAAGGUCUACCUAACCUUGCAGUUCAAGUGCUUUAAUUACCUGCUUUCAAGACCUUUACAAGAAUGUUGGUCUACUAGACAUUUACGUUCACCACAGAAAAAUGUGUAGAAGUAGAAUAAUGGACAUGCAAUAAUGAAUAUUUGUAUUUAUAUAAUAUGCAGAGUAUCAAACUUAAGUUGCCUGAUUACAGAUACUGUAAAUGCUAGGAAAAAUUAGUUUUAUGUUCAUGGGACAAAGACUGUAGGUGUUUAGUGGUAAAUGGCUGUUUCAUAUCUAUGGAAUAUUUGCUUGCUUAAUUUUCUUAGAUGUAAAUAUGAUUUCUGGACAAUUUAAUUUUACUUCUGUUUUUAAUGUGAUGUUUCAUAAGCACGUAAAAAGUUUAAUUUUGGAUACUAACAAGUUUAUUAUUUUUGAAUUUAUUAUCCACUCCUCCUUAUGGUGCAUAACAAUUCACUUUUGUGCCUGCUUAUUAAAAAUGUGCAGUGUUUGUCGAAUGUCUUAUGUCCAAGGCUUAGUCUUAAAUUACAUCUAUCAUCCCAUCUACAUUUGGAGCCUAAAUCUGUCCCUUGCAGGGCAUGCUAUCUAUUUGUACCUACAUAUACUAUACCUGCUUUAAUUUUUUAUUUUUUUGUAUGGAAAGAUUAACUAAGAGUCACUCGAGAGGACCAAAUUGAUACAGUAGUUAAACUAACAUUCACUUUUGCUUGUGCUAAACACCAGGAAAAUUGCACAUAGAACUUGGGCAAGAAAUUUAGCCCAAGACCUUUCAGCUAAGUUAGCUUCUCUAACCAUAAUGACACAUGAGUCUCAAUGUGAAGAGAAUGACAAUAUAGUUCUAUAAAAGCAGAAAUAAACAUCCCUCUCUAAUUGUUCUUACAAAAAUUAAGCACUUAUUGUUGACUAACACUGGAAAAGGUUUGUAAGUGAGAUGAAUGAGAAUUCUGAUGCUUUAAACAGAUAAAAAGUCCUUGAUUACAAUGAAAAGACACAUUUGUUUACCACUGCUUUACUAAAGUAAGGUGAUGUUGUUUAACCAUGUUGAUUAAUAAUGACUGUGACAGUGUCUAUAAUUGAUUAAAAAUGGUAGAGGUUGAAAAGAGCAUAUUAAACAGUUGCGUUCUCAACAGUCAUAGGUGGCACGGACAUCUUCGGUGAUCAAGUCUUCAAUAGUAUUAAAUGACUGUCAACUCAUUCCUGCUUUAUGGAAUGCCAUCUUCAAACACAGUUACUAAAUUAAACACUGAAAUAGCUUACUCAUCAUUUUGUAGCUACUCUAUCAGAAAAGCUACUUAUUGUUUAACUGUACUGUAUUUCCAUAAACAAGUUUCUAAUAUAAAAUUGAAGAUGUUCAGACUUUAAACCCUUAAAAGCAAGACAUUCAUUAAAUGAUCUUUAACUUUUUCUUCUCUUCUUUACAGUUUUCUUUUGUUCAUAAAUGUCAUACUUUAACAAAGUUACUUUGUUUUUCUAAUAUAUAAGCAUGAUGAUAGAAUUAUUAAAUAUUAUUUGAGUUAUGGAUAAAUUGGUCAUUUGAGAAAAUCAUUAUUCUAAAAGCAUAAGUGGGAAGAUGCCAUACCAUUCAUUUCAUCAGAUAAGAGAGAAUGUUUUGCAGUAUAUACAGUAUGGUCUGGCCUUUUUUUCUUGAAUGACUUGUAAAAUAUCAAGUCGAAUGCUAAAUGUAUGAUAAUUUUCAACUUCAUAAGUAUGGGAAGCAUGGUAUUGUACUUAACAUGGAAUUAUGUGUAUUUGCCUUUACAGAAGCCCCAGUUAAUGUGACACCACUGUAAACAAUAAAAUUUUUACUUUUAGCCAUUUG